GCUCCAUGACGACGUCGUUUGUUUGACGUUACUCCAGUCGCCUUGAGUUUUGCAGAAGAAAAUUGUUGAUAUUAAACAAUAGAUACGAGGAUAUAUUCUGAAAGAAAAUGACUAAAAAGGCAAGAAAUGGCCAGAGGGUCAAGACAAGGAAGAAAGGGAGGCAGGAUAUCAUGGAAAACGGAAGUGAUGUAAGCGUAUCAGGCAGCAGAAGUUAUAUUGCGCUUGCACACUCUCGCGCGCCUAAAUAUUUGAAACCAAGCGAUGAAAGUGAAGAUGGAUUUCCUGAGGGCUGUGCUAUUACGAGGGCAGACUUUCGUACAAUUAUGGGGAGCAGACUUAACACUCCACUCCCGAGAAUAGGCGCCGAAUCCCAUUUAGGAAUCAGAGUUAGUACCCCGUCGGAAAAGUCGGAUAAAAACGAGCAUUUUCUGCCUGAUAUUAACGGCCAUAUAAUGAACAGAAUGAAGAGACCCGAGGACCAGCUGGUGGACCAAGAUAUGUAUGACGUAGAAUGUAUACGGAAAACAAGAAGUGGAAUUGCAUUCACUCAGUUUGUUGGCAGACCAUAUCGCUUGCCCCGGCUGUUGUCGGACGGACAGAUAGAAAGACGCAUUCAGCCAAGAGUGAACCAUUACGCAUCAUUUGUACCGAUCAAAUCUCCCGAAGUAAACAGAAGCGGUGGAAAUUUUGCCGAUAAAAUGAGAAAUGAGGUGGAGGAGAGCAGACAGAGACGAGAGGACCGGAACUUGGACAGGAUGCGCAGGCAACUACAGGAAAGAGAAGGGCGUGCGUCACGUAUUGGUAGGUCAUGUGACAGCAAUGAAGAAAGGGUGCGGGCAGUAGUUGAGGUACAGGACAGCAUUCGUAAAGCGAGUUUUCAAAAACAUGUCCGGCAAUUUAUGGAUAAACGUCAUUAGAGAAUUCAGAACUCUUUAUUUUGCAUAGCCUUUACAAUAUUCUUUUGUUAAUGUUUUGAUAUUUUUCAUCAUACAGAAGUAUGACAAAAUUAUUUCAAGUCUAAGUAGAAAAUAAAGUAUUAAAAUUA